AUGGCUCCUCCGAAACCCUCAUCCGCGCCAGAUAUUUUGAUAUGCGCCGAGGAGGAGGAGGAAAAGAAAAGCUACUCUUAUAUUGAAAAGAGAAAUAUGACAAUAUGGAUCAUUGGGAUAAUGUUUUAUAAGCUCGGCCUCGAGACUUUCCAGGGCUCAAUAACUAUUAUCGCGCUGGAAAAAUGGGGUGAUGAAAAGCACCGGAAAUAUGGGCUUCUUAGAGGCCUUGAUCAGCUCUUUCAGUGCAUGGGCAGCAUUCUCAUCGCGCCCUUAAUUCGCCGGUUCGCUACACGCAAUAUCCUCUUAUUCACCUCUCUGAUCUUCGCUGUCCUCAGCGCCCUCCUAAUGAUCAUUGACUUUGGUACCCAUGGCCGAAUCAAGACCUCAACCUCCACGGACCCCACCGAAUCCGAAUCCGAAGCCCCACCAUACCUGGGGAGCUUCAAUCCAAACACACUAUUUCCAAUAAUGUGUUCCAGCGGUCUCGUCUACGGCAUGAUCGAGCUCAUCCGCCGCAUCAUCCCGCGCGACAUCGUUGGCGGCAAUAUCACAAAGCUGCGCAAAAUGGAUGCUCUGGUCCACAUCCUCUACGAGGUCUCUGGUACCCUCGGCGCGCUGCUCUCCUGGCUGCUGGUCUCACGACUGGGGAGUGUUUACGGGCUUGUGGCUACGCCGGGGUUCUUUGCAUGUGCAGCUAUGACAUGGCAUUUUCUCGCCCUGCCGUCUCCCCCAAAGAGUACCGCAAGAGCGUCAUAUGCGGUGCAGCUCCUGUAUGGCGUGAAGUACUUCUUCCAGUCCAUCUCGAAGGGGUUCUGCGUGAUCUUUACGAAGCGGGCAUUCAUGUGGCUGCCCGUAGGCUACUCAAUAGCCCUCUACACACACCGCUACAUCGAGAACGGCCUCAUCCCGUUCAUAGCACAGGACAUCUUCCACAACCCCGCCGCAAGCCGUAUUCUCGUCUCAGGCUCCAACCUCGGCGAGCUCAUCGGUGCCGCUUCGGUGUUUGUGCUGGGGGACAGGAUACCGACGCCUAUACCGUGGAUCAGGGCUGACGCACUGCUACUCCUCCUCGUCUGGGUGCUUCCGUUCUACCCUUCUCAGGACACCAGUACGGCGGCGUUAUGGCGCCUUGCACCGCUGUUUAUACCCAUCUCGUUCGGGUGGGCGGCGGGGGAUGUGAGUCUGGCGGCGUAUAUACAGAGCGCGCUGGCCGGGGGCCAUGAGCAGAGGGAUGAGAAUAUAUCGGACCUGAGCGCCGUGAUGGCGUUUCUGUACUCGGUGUAUAUUGCCCUUUUUGCGGUUCUGGCGCCGGUGCUGGGGAUGGUGGCGGAUAAGGGCGGGGAUGCGAGAGUGACGGUGGUGUGGGUGGGGGGCGUGCAGGUUAGUGUUGUGGCGGCGUUGUUGGUGGGCAGUACGUUUGUGCCGAGGGGGGGAGCGGGGUGGAAUCCGCGUUUGGAAGGGAUGACGGCGGGGUAG